CAGGGACCGUGUGAGCAAACUGUAAAUGUACUUCAGUUGAUGGAGGAAGAAGGAUUUGAGCCAAGCCUUGUUAUGCUGAAUUCGUUAAUCAAUGCUUUUGGCACUGCUGGAAGGCAUUUGGAGGCACUAGCUGUAUUUCAGCAUAUCAAGGAUAGUGGUAUGAGCCCAGAUGUUGUGACAUACACUACACUUAUGAAGACAUUCAUGAGAGCAAAGAAAUUUGAAAAGGUAUCUGAAGUAUACAGAGAAAUGGAACGUGCUGGAUGCGCUCCAGAUAGAAAGGCUAGAGAAAUGUUACAUGAUGCAACUGUAGUUCUAGAACAAAGAGGAUGUAAGUAUUUCAUUUCAUAUGAGUUGUGCUUUAAGGGCGAGUAGAAUGGAUGACUGAUGAUGUAUGCUGAAAGGGAAUUAGGCUUACACCUAGUUCCUAAAUAAUUUUGGUGGUUGAAUUGCCCAACAUAAACAAUUGAACUAACUAGUUUGCUCUAGUGUAUAAGUUAUAUAGGUGUCAAAGGUUCACAGCAAGCCAAUUAAAAAGACCAAAGUUGGGUUCAAAAUAGAGAGCUAAAGGCAUCCCGAAAGGCUCCCUGGUCUGGCGCACCGGACUGUCCGGUGGCGCACCGGACAGUGUCCGGUGCACCAGGGGACUUCGCCCAGAACUCCUCAGCCUCGGGAAAUUCUCAGAGCCGGCGCGCUAUAAUUCACCGAACUGUCCGGUGUACACCGGACAGUGUCCGGUGCUCCAAGAAGACGCGGCUCCGGAACUUGGCAGCCUCGGGAAUCCGAAGCGGCUGCUCCGCUAUAAUUCACCGGACAUGUCCGGUGUACACCGUACUGUCCGGUGCAACUGCGGGACAACGGCUACUUCGCGCCAACGGUCACCUGCAACGACAUUUAAUACGCACCAGAGCUCGCAGGCGUCAGGCACGCCCAUGCUGGCGCACCGGACACUCUACAGUUCAUGUCCGGUGCGCCACCGGACAUCCAGGCGGGCCCAGAAGUCAGAACUCCAACGGUCAAAUUCCAACGACUUUGGUGACGUGGCUGGCGCACCGGACAUGUCCGGUGUGCACCGGACUGUCCGGUGCACCAUACGACAGACAGCCUCCACCAACGGUCAUGUUUGGUGGUUGGGGCUAUAAAUACCCCAACCACCCCACCAUUCAUUGUAUCCAAGUUUUCUAGCUUCCAACCACUAUACAAGAGCUAGCAUUCAUUGCAAAGCACACCAAAAGAGAUCAAAUCCUCUCCCAACUCCACACAAAGCCUUAGUGACUAGAGAGAGUGAUUUGUAGUGUUCAUUUGAGCUCUUGCGCUUGGAUCGCUUCUUUUCUUUGGCAUUCUUUCUUGUGAUCAAACACUCACUUGUAAUUGAGGCAAGAGACACCAAUUGUGUGGUGGUCCUUGUG